UCAAAUAGAUAAACAUAGAGCUCUUAAAUAGAUAAACAUAGAGCUCUUAAAUAGAUAAAGCAAUACAUUCCCCAGUGUCUGCUUUCAUAAGUUCGGAUUCAUUUAAAACGACAUUUAAAAUAAUACUGUACUAUAUCAUAAUGUCUCUGUUGCCACGGUUGUUAUAUGUUCACACACAUGACAUGUUUGUUUAUUGACAUGCUUCAUUUUAAUUCCUGUAGUCUCGUCUCGCUGUCGCGCACAUUCCUUCGCCUUUUGCAACGUAAAUUUGAUUGGCGGUUUCCAUGACAACUCUGAGAACGGCUCCUGCGUCAUGAGGUCAUCCGGGAACUUCAGCGUGUGAUUGACAGUCGUCAUGGAAACGUUCUCACUCGGCCUCCAUUUUGUUCCUGAUUUUUUUUUUUCUUCCUUCAAAUUACCGAUGAACGUCUCGCGCUAUACCACCGCGCUCCGGGACGGCCGCUAGAUCGAUAAUCGAUCCUACGAUCUGUCAUCAGCGCGUCGCGGCGAGCGCGAGGUCAGUGGACUCAGCGGCGCGCGCUUUGGCGGGUCACUCCCGUGCGCGCGCCAUUUUGUAAAGUUGACAGAGGAAGCGGCGCGCGCAGGAUGAGUGACUGACGCGGGACUGCUGCGCUGCGGAGCGCGCCGACGCUCAUCGAGACGCGCUGCUGUGCAUUUCUCCACCCGAGGAGCGACGCUUUCAAACGGACACGCUUCGGAAAGGGACUCGUGAGGAGCGAUCUUGGAUUUAUCGCUGUUUUUCUUCAGGAUUUGUAAUUGGUCUCGUCAGAAAGAGGCGCGCGCGACACGAUCCUCACCAAUGGUUGUGCAAGUUGAAGAUAAACAUCUACCAGUGGAAGACCUGCUGAAACAUCAGGGCUGUUCUCGCCUGGAAACCACUCGCUUGUCUAUUCAGUGGGCUGUGGUUUACAGAUGGACUCUCCUCUCACAAUGAUAUGAGAUUUGUCAGGGGACGAUGCAUACAGGAGGAGAGACAUCAGCAUGCAAACCCUCCUCUGUCCGGCUGGCUCCCUCGUUUUCUUUCCAUUCGGCUGGUGUGCAGAUGGAUGCGCAGACGCCCCAUUCACACCCGCCGUUCAGUGAUGGUCACCUGCAGAGCGCUGACCAAUCAGCCGCUGUGCUGCCGUACACCUCGCAGGCCCCGCAACCCAACACCACACAGGUAACUGCUGAUAUGGUGAUGUUACAGCGGCGAAUGCCUCAGUGUUUCCGGGAUUCAGCGGCAGCGCCUUUAAGAAAACUCUCCAUCGAACUGAUCAAAACCUACAAACACAUUAAUGAGGUUUACUAUGCAAAAAAGAAGCGACGUCACCAACAGGGUCACGGGGAGGACUCGAGUAACAAGAAGGAGAGGAAGAUUUACAAUGAUGGUUACGACGAUGACAACUUUGACUACAUUGUUAAAAAUGGAGAGAAAUGGAUGGACCGAUACGAGAUUGAUUCUCUAAUAGGCAAAGGGUCGUUCGGUCAGGUGGUGAAAGCGUAUGAUCGUGUGGAGCAGGAGUGGGUCGCCAUCAAGAUAAUCAAGAAUAAAAAGGCAUUUCUGAAUCAGGCUCAGAUUGAAGUUCGACUGCUGGAGCUCAUGAACAAACAUGACACUGAGAUGAAGUACUAUAUCGUUCAUCUGAAACGUCACUUCAUGUUCCGGAAUCACUUGUGUCUGGUGUUCGAGAUGUUGUCGUAUAACCUGUACGACCUGCUGAGAAACACAAAUUUCCGCGGCGUGUCUCUGAACUUGACGCGCAAGUUCGCUCAGCAGCUGUGCACCGCGCUGCUCUUCCUCGCCACGCCUGAACUGAGCAUCAUCCACUGUGACCUCAAACCAGAGAACAUCCUGCUCUGCAACCCCAAGAGAUCGGCCAUCAAGAUUGUGGACUUCGGCAGCUCCUGUCAGCUCGGACAGCGGAUCUACCAGUACAUCCAGAGUCGCUUCUACCGCUCGCCGGAGGUGCUGCUGGGAAUGCCGUAUGAUCUGGCUAUAGACAUGUGGUCACUGGGCUGCAUCCUGGUGGAGAUGCACACUGGAGAACCGCUGUUCAGUGGCGCUAAUGAGGUCGAUCAAAUGAACAAAAUCGUGGAGGUUUUGGGGGUUCCUCCCAAUCACAUUCUGGAUCAGGCACCUAAAGCCCGGAAGUUCUUCGAGAAGAUGUCUGACAGCACUUGGUGUGUGAAGAAGACCAAAGAUGGCAAACGGUAUAAACCUGCGGGCUCUCGGAAGCUGCACAAUAUAUUGGGCGUUGAAGCGGGCGGACCGGGCGGCCGGAGAGCGGGUGAAUCGGGUCAUGCUGUCGCAGACUACCUGAAGUUCAAAGACCUGAUUCUGCGGAUGUUGGACUACGACCCCAAGACUCGCAUCCAGCCGUAUUAUGCACUGCAGCACAGUUUCUUCAAGAAGACCGCAGACGAGGGCACGAACACCAGCAGCAGCGUCUCCACGAGUCCCGCUCUGGAGCAGUCGCAGUCGUCUGGAACCACGUCCAGCACCUCCUCCAGCUCAGGAGGUUCUUCUGGGACGAGCACCAGCGGUCGAGCGCGAUCAGACCCGACACAUCAACACCGACACAGUGGAGGACAUUUCAGUGCCGCGGUGAGCAUCGACUGCCACAACCUCUGCCCACAGGCGAGACAGGCGUUUGCACCGGCGCUGGGUUGGGUCGGAGGAGACGGACUUCAGCAGGUGUCGGGCGAGACUCACCCUGUCCAGGAGACCACCUUCAACAUACCCCCCCACCAGCCCAAGGCUCUGCACCCUCACACGUCCCAGCACCACCACCAUCAUCAUCAUCACCUUCAUCAGCAUGCACAGGGUCCCGCCCGCCCCCGGCCCCGCCUCUACUCGCCCUCGCACAGCGCCUCCACACAGGACUCAAUGGAGGUGACGCACGGACACCUGUCCAUGACCUCGCUGUCUUCCUCCGCCUCCUCCUCGUCCACCUCCUCGUCCUCCACCGGCAACCAUCACCACGGUUACCAGAGCCGGCCGCUGCCGCACGGACUGGGCUUCGGACACAACGGCAGCUUGACUUUGGGACUGGGUGCCUUCUCGAACCCGCGGCAGGAAACAGGUGCGGCGGCACACCCCUCGUACUCUGCGAGCACGAACUCUGGGCCAGCGCGCUUCGUUGCCGAGACUCACGCGGGUCUGAGACCGGGUCUGGACCGGGAGGACUCGCCCAUGGCGGGCGUGUGUGUGCAGCAGAGCUCCGUGGCGAGCUCCUGACUCUCCUGAGGACACUCGCUUUUCAGAAUAAAGCUGCUGGAAUGAGAUGAAAGCUGAUUGGCCGCUGGGAGCCAUGACAUUACUGUCUCCGAACGCUUGAUACGAGGCUUUGUUUUUAUGACGUUUGCUUUUUUUUAUUUUUUAUUCUCUGAUGGUUUUAGAAGCUCAUUCACACGCGCACCUUCACGUUGGGUUUCUUUUCAAGAGUAUUUAAAGUGACGACAUGAAACGCCAGUCGCUGUCUGUCUCGCUUGUUUUCUUCAUGUUGUGCAAUGGUGUGCUUUGAGCAGAGCUUUCCCACAGUGCAAUGAGGGUGUGUGUGUGUGUGUGCGCGCGUGUGCGACUGUGGGCAGUGAUUCUUCAAUAUGGCCUUAUCAUUACAGACUGAAUGAGCUGGGCGUUUCUUCAAGCUUUCAUGUGUUUUUGCCGUGUGAAAAUUCAUGACACAAGAUCACUGACAAACACGGAAGGUGAUACGAGGCCUUUUCUUCUCUAGAAAUCCACCGCUGAUCACACGGUCUGAGCGACGGCCGCGUCCCUCGCGCUCUUAUUUUGUGCUUUAUCUCAUUUGCAAUUUUCGUUCUGUUUUCCACACGUUUGUGAUGCUCAUUUUCUUUUCCUCCUUUGCUUUCACUUCACGAUUAUGCUGUGAAUUUUACACAAGUUUUAUUUUCCCCUUUUGAUAAUUUAUUGUACCAAAGGCGUUUUUUUAAUAGAUCAUAGAUGUCUGUAACCAAUAAUGUAGCAGUUCUGCACUUUGACUCAAAGGUGUUUGAUGUGUCAGUAAAUACCUGUCAGAACUGAAGUGCACAUCCGCUUCUCAACUUCUGUUGUUCUUUCACUUCUUCAUUGUCCUCGACACAAGCUUCAGGCGUUCCUUGUUUUUGCUCUCACGGGACAGUGGAUGCCGCGAGCUGCUCGGCUGGUCCCACAGCAGCUGGACAGUCAGAGGUCAUCUCCAGGUGGGACGCGGGCACGCAAAUGUCGCAUUAAACCGGCCACCGCUCUCUCUCUCAGAACUAAAGCAAUCCGACGGAGACGGAGAGAAAAAUGGCGUCACAUCGUCUCUCUGUUCGAGCGAUUGCGACGGUUACGAAUGAACGGUUCUUUAGGGUUCCUUUGAUCGCGGCUUACGAGCGAGUUCAUGAAACAGGCUUCAGGUGUUUACUUUGUGACCCCAUUUUAAUAGCUGAAAUAGAAUUUAUGUACAUAUUUAUAUUUUUUUAAUAAAGGAAGUUUAGAACUCACUACUUUUUUCCUAAUGGUAUUUUGAGUACAUUUAAGUCAACUUGGUAACAUGCAGUGGAAGUUCUCUGUGGUAGUCGAUGGGUAUAUCAGUGCUUCCAGGCCAAAGUAGUUGACGACGCUAGUACAAAUGCAAAACUCUAGGGUUGAAACGGGACGGAGUAGAUCUUCAUACCUUAAUAUUCUAGACAGGGUAUCAUGUGUGGAUGUGUGUCUACAAUCAGAACACAUCACCAGUGUUUCACAUGUUCCUAUACUCCACUGAUAUAUAGUACAGGAACUGAUUACCUUUUAUUGUGUUAUUUGGACAAACUUCAGUAAAUGGGUCCAUUUCAAAGCAGACUGUGACAAACGGUGAGUGUGUGUGUGAGUAUGUGCGAGUGAGCGUGUACGCAAUUGAGUGCGUGUGCGCGAGUGAGUGAGUGUGUGUGUACGCAAUUGAGUGAGUGAGUGCGUGUGUGUGAGUGAGUGAGUGAGUGUGUGUGAGUGAGUGAGUGCGUGUGUGUGUGUACGCAAUUGAGUGAGUGAGUGCGUGCACGAGGGAGUGCGUGCACGAGGGAGUGGAUGUGUGUGUUGAGUAAGUGUGCGUGAGUGUAAGUGUGUGUGUGUGAGUGUAAGUGUGUGUUGAGUGUGUGUUGAGUGUGUGUGUGAGUAAGUGUAAGUGUGUGUGUGAGUAAGUGUGUGUGUGUGAGUAAGUGUGUGAGUGAGUGAGUGUAAAUGUGUGUGUGUUGGGUAAGUGUGUGUGUGUUGGGUAAGUGUGUGUUGAGUAAGCGUGAGUGAGUGCGUGUGAGUGUAAGUGUGUGUGUGAGUGAGUGUGAGUAGGUGAGCGUAAGUGCAUGUGAGUGUAAGUGUGUGUGUGUGUGAGUGAGUGUGUGUUGUGUGAGUGAGUGUGUGUAAGUGCGUGUGUGUGUGAGUGAGUGUGUGUAUGUAAGUGCGUGUGUGUGUGUGUGUGUGUGUGUGAGUGAGUGUGUGUGUGAGUGUAAAUGCGUGUGAGUGUGUGUUGAGUGAGUGAGUGCGUGAGUGAGUGCGUGCGUGAGUGUGUGUGUG